ACAGGUGGCGGCCGGGGGAGAGCGGGGGGAACCUGCAGCUCAUGAGCUUCUCCUCUUCCUUCAACCUCAGAUCGACCGCCGUUUCCUGGUGGACCCAGCUUGCCGCCCCCGCGAUGCAGGAGGACCAGCCCCGGGUGGCUUCCGGGGAACCAGCCCCCGCCCCAGAGCUCCCGGAAGAUGGUCCGAAAGAGGCACCUGACGAGUCCCAGAACCUCUCGGAUGCGGACGCUCUUAAGAUCCUCCUGGAAAUGAAGAUGAAAAAGAGGCAGAAGCAACCGAGCCUGCCGGGCACGGUGACUGAGCUGGUGACCGAAGAGGGGAGCAGAGUGUACGUGGUGGGCACGGCCCACUUCAGCGACGACAGCAAGCGGGAUGUGGUGAAGACCAUCCAGGAGGUGCAGCCGGACGUGGUGGUGGUGGAGCUGUGCCAGUACAGAGUGUCCAUGCUGAAGAUGGACGAGAAAACCCUGCUUAAGGAGGCCAAGGAAAUCAACCUGGAGAAGCUGCAGCAGGCCAUCAAGCAGAACGGGGUGAUGUCCGGCCUGAUGCAGAUGCUGCUUCUGAAGGUGUCGGCUCACAUCACGGAGCAGCUGGGCAUGGCCCCGGGGGGGGAGUUCCGGGAGGCUUUCAAAGAGGCCAGCAAAGUCCCUUUCUGCAAGUUCCACCUUGGAGACAGGCCCAUCCCGGUGACCUUUAAGAGGGCCAUCGCGGCCCUCUCCUUCUGGCAGAAAGUCAAGCUGGCGUGGGGGCUGUGCUUCCUGUCGGACCCCAUCAGCAAAGACGACGUGGAGAGGUGUAAGCAGAAGGACCUGCUGGAGCAGAUGAUGGCGGAGAUGAUCGGCGAGUUCCCGGACCUCCAUCGCACUAUCGUCUCCGAGCGGGACGUCUACCUGACCUACAUGCUCAAGCAGGCGGCCAAGCGACUCGAGCUCCCUCGGGCCUCUCAAGCGGAGCCCAGGAAGUGCGUCCCGUCCGUGGUGGUGGGCGUGGUGGGGAUGGGCCACGUGCCAGGCAUCGAGAAGAACUGGAGCCUGGACUUGAACAUCCAGGAGAUCAUGAGCGUCCCUCCGCCUUCCAUAUCCAGCAGAGUCUCCAGGUUUGUCGUGAAAGUCGCCUUCUUCGGCCUGGUGGGCUACGGCUUCUACCGGAUGGGCAAGCGGACAGUGAACUUGAUCCUCUCCUUGCCCAGCACACAGCACUGUCUCCGGAGGCUGACAGAGAUGAGGCCUCCGAAGUAACACGCCAGCGGCCUUGCCCUCCGGCGGCUGGCCGGGGACCCGGGGCGGGGGGGGACGGCCCCCCGAUGCGUCCGCCCGGAGAGCGAGGCCCCUCGGCUGGGUUUUCCGCGCCGGACACGGCAACGUGAGCGGGCGUGUUUCAGCCCGGAGACCCCGGUCGGACGUCCCGAGGCCGGACCCUCCCGGGGCGGGAAUCCAAGAACAGCUCGUGCUCAACGUGAGGGGUUUUCUAUCUCUGCAGCCGCGGGUGCUGCUUUUUAAACUUCAUAGCUUUUACACAAAAAGGAGGAGCGGGCUGGGGUCCGACCCGGGCGGACCCCUGAGACGCCUCCACUGUCCAGUGUUUACAGGGCGGCCCCCGGCGGGGCCCCUGUCGGCUCCGGGGGCGGCGGGCAGGCGGGUGGCGGCCGCCACCUGCCCCGUUCACGUCCGAGGGCAUCGGCCUCCCCGGGGGCAACGGUCCGGGGGUGGGCCGGUGCCAUAGCUCCGCCUCUCCGGUCUCCCCAGACGGAGCCGCUCCCUGGGUGCCUCUCGCCCCGGCCCUGACGCCACAUCCAUCUCUCUGUGCCGGU